AUGUCAUCAUUACCAAUAAGGUUAAAAUCUCCCGGAGUCGAGUCGAACUCGGGCGUGCCACCGAGCCGAACACGGACAGUAGAAGGACGUUCAAAGGAGGUUACUCGACCCACAACCUCACAGUGGCCACGAUGCGCUUCCA